AAAAGUCUGGAAAAUAACAAGAAACAGCUGUCAAGUUUUUAUUAGUUUAUUUCAUUGACAGUAUCAGAAUCAUGAUAAUAUUACUGAGCCUGUCAUGCUUUGUGGAGGACCCCACAUAACUCAGCCUCAGACACAGUUCAAAGCAAAAGAUGAGCAGACUGUCAGCAGCUGGAGUAGCAGCGGCAGCUGUCUGAUGCACUGACACACUUGUCAUCUCUUUACUAUUGACUGCUACUACUCUCGUCUCCCCCACUGUGUCUCUCUCAUUCUUUCCUGCCCUGCAGAAACAGAAUGUGUAAUAACGUAUAGAAAAAGUAGCAUCUGGCUAAUUUCUCCUCAAGGACUUUAAAAAUCCAUGUGAAUAACUCUUAUUUUAAAUUCAGCUGUGAAAGUAAGCUAGUUAAAUCUUUUAUGCUAGGUGCAACAGACAUGAUUUUUCUGUAUUAAAGUCCUGUGGUCACCAGUAACAUACCGUACAACAGUGCUUGUAAAACAGCGACUGUCAGACACAGAAACAAACUGAACCACAUGUUUUGUAUCACUGCCACAUGGACAUUUUGUUAAUGCUGCUCCACUCUGUUUUUUGUGCCUGAUGUAGAGGAGUGGGCCAAAUUCAAUACAAUACAUUUUUAAAAAGCCUCAUUAGUGACAUUGUCAGCCAUGAGCCAAGGCCUCCGAGGUUUGUUAGAGAACAUUAGUGAAUAAACAGCAUCAUGAAGACUAAGGAACACACCAGACGGAUCAGGGAUAAAGUAAUCACAUAAAAUCCUAACAAAAUGCAUUUAGGUUUGUGGUUGUAACAUGACAAAAUGUGAACAAGCUCAAGGGGUAUGAAUACUUUUGCAAGGCACUGUAGUCAAUAUAAUGAAGAAAAUUACUCAAUCAGUAUAAUUUUGUAGAAUUUAAUUUUGAUACUUCAAAUACAUUUUGCAGCUAUUAUGUUUGUUCUUUUAUUUAAAUAACAUUUUGAAUGCAGAUUUUUGCUGGUAACUCAUUAUUUGUACUCUGUGGUGGUUUAUUAAGUCAAAGAUCUGCCUACUUCUUCCACCACUGGUUGUAUGAAGUCCCAGACGGUGGACACGCUUUACUUUCCUCUUUAUUACUGAAUAUAUUUCUGCAGGGCGAGAGAGAGGAGGGAGGUGGAGAGAGAGGGAGAAAGAGAGGGGGAAAGAGAGAGAGAGGGGGGAGGACAGCAGCGAUAGAUUCAGCAGUAUCAGACAGUAAGUUCAAGGCCAGCAUUGCUAUAGGAAGCUACCUCCUUCUGGGUUGCUCGACUUUGCUGGACACACCGCUCGUCUUUCCUUUGAGCCAUGACUGAGGCUGAGUUGUACACGCUGUACAAGGGGGUCUAUUUGCCCACACAUGUGCACUCUCCGCAGAGCCUGAAAUACUUCGAGGAGUUUACUUUCCGCCCGGAUGAUAUUGUCAUUGUAACGUACCCAAAGUCAGGCACAACUUGGAUGCAGGAGAUAGUGCCGCAGAUCAUAAGUGGAGGAGAUCCAGCCUCUGUUGAGACUCUUCAUAACUGGGACCGUGUUCCCUGGCUGGAGGAGCAGCGGGCCUGCAUGCUUAAUGUGGAACAGAGGCCAUCUCCUCGCAUGUUUACUUCUCACUUCCAUUAUAACAUGAUGCCACCAUCUUUCUUUGACGUAAAGCCAAAGGUAAAUGUGCCCUAUCCAUAUGUGCUCUUACCCUUUGACAUCUCUGCAUCUGACCAGACCAUGUGUGAGAUGGGUUGUUAUGGCGGUCACUAUGUUUUCAUAAAAAGAAGUGUCCAUACCAUGUUGCUUUCUUUCAGCAACUCCACAGCACAUCUCUAGCCUGCUACAGCGGAUCCCAUAAUCCUUUGCUCCCAUGCCACUAACAGGGAUUUACUGUAAAGAUGCUAGCAUACAGGCAUUAACAGUUACAGACACUUUACUGUAUGGCUGCACAGUUACUGUAUCUGAAUAUACUACAGGAGUUGGGCUUCUAUGCCACUGUGUUGU